CACCAGCACUUUACUCUCCAGCUUCAUUCGUGUCGACUGCCCAGAGUCCACGGACACACAUCCAGACUGAAGGUGAGGAAACAGAUCCACAGAGAAAGUGCUCUUCUGUGCGGCUCCUCCUGUCUGAGGUGUUUGUGCUGCAUUCCAGGCCCCGUGUUGAAACAUGUCUCUGUACAGCUUCGGAUUGGAGCCUCUGUCCUGUCAUGCCUGGAACAAAGACCGAACGCAAAUCGCUGUCAGCCCCAACAGCAGCACAGUGAACAUUUACCAGAAGAAAGGAAAAGAAUGGACUAAAAUCCACGAGCUGAAGGAGCACAGUGGACGAAUCACAGGUAUUGAUUGGGCUCCGGAGUCGAACCGUAUUGUGACAUGUGCCUCAGAUAGAAACGCAUAUGUCUGGAUGCUCAAGGACGGUGUGUGGAAGCCCACUCUGGUUCUGGUUCGCAUUAACAGGGCUGCAACCUGCGUUAAGUGGUCGCCUCAGGAGAACAAGUUUGCGCUCGGAAGUGGCGCAAAACUAAUCUCAGUGUGUUACUUUGAAAAGGAGAAUGACUGGUGGCUCAGUAAGCACAUCAAGAAAGGCAUCUGCUCCACGGUGCUCAGCCUGGACUGGCACCCCAACAACAUCUUACUGGCUGCCGGCUCUGCUGACUUACACUGCAGGGUUUUCUCUGCAUAUAUAAAGGAGAUUGAGGAUAAGCCGGGCCCAACGCCAUGGGGUGCUAAGAUGCCUUUUGGAGAAGUGCUACUGGAGCAUAAAGAUUGCGGAGGAUGGGUGCACAGCGUCGCUUUCUCUCCGUCUGGAGACAGUCUGGCCUGGGUCAGCCACAACAGCGCCAUCAGUGUAGCUGAUGCCACCCAGGGGAAAGAGGUUACCCAGCUGACUACAGACCAUCUGCCCCUCCUGAGUGUGUUCUACGGCAGCGAGACGGAGAUUGUGGCUGCGGGUCACGACUGCUGUCCCUACCAGUUCUCCUAUAAGGGGCCUGGAAAGCUGGAGUUUGUGAAGAAGUUAGGCCUCACCAAGCAGACUUCCAAGAACAGCAUGUCGGCCAUGCAGCACUUCCGUAACCUGGACAAAAAGGCCACCACGGACGAGGACGACAACGAGCUGAACACCCUGCACCAGAACAGCAUCACUCAGCUGCGCAUUGUGGAGGGACAGAAGGCCAACGUGGACAAGUUCAGUAGUGUAGGCCUGGAUGGUGCCUUGGUCAUGUGGGAUUUCAAGCCCUGAAACCACCCUGCAGCGCUGUAAAAGCACAAACGGUCACGGCCCAGCCAUGUCCGCCCAAAAACCACACCAAAGAUUUCACCGCAUUAUUCUUCCACUGUGUUUUUCAGCCCAGCUGAGGUCAACGAUGCAUUGCUUUUAAGGAAAAGUGUUAGGCUCAAAUUAUUUCUGUAAUCACCCAGAAUAUAGGUAUUAUUCUGUAGUAAAUAUUAUGGUAAAAUAUUUGCAUAUAUGUGUCACAAACCGGCUGCAAAGCAAUCAUGUGAGACUGACACAAGGAGGACAUACAUGAAACAAACUUUCAUUACUCAUAUAUUUUCUUUUCCUCUGUUUAAGAUUUUUUACACAUUUCUUAGAGAUUUAAAACAGUCGUCUUGUUUAAUGCAAAUAAAAAUAUUAAAAUCUUUUUAAAACCGUG